UAGCGGUCACCCAUCCUGUUUGAAAUUCUCUCCUGAACUAACGGCUCGUGUGAAAGCCUUACGAUGGCAGUGUAUUGAAUGCAAGACGUGCAGCACCUGUCGGGACCAGGGGAAGAAUGCUGAUAACAUGUUGUUCUGUGACUCAUGCGAUCGAGGGUUUCACAUGGAAUGCUGUGAUCCACCUCUCACCAGGAUGCCGAAAGGCAUGUGGGUGUGUCAGAUUUGUCGGCCACGGAAGAAGGGAAGAAAACUGUUACACAAGAAAGCGGUACAGAUUAAACGGCGCUACGCAACAGCAAUAGGGCAUUCGAAAAAUAGAUUAAAGAAUAAGACAGUAUCAAAAGGUUCUCAGCCGUUUGACAAGGAGAGGCAAGGUCCUGGUCGGGGUCGUAAGCGCAAAAUCUCAGCAGUCCCUUCGAAGCCGGGACGAUUGGAUGGACUGAGCUCCUUGAAUUCGCGAACCACCAAAUCCUCCCGCCUGAAAAUGAACAAGAAAACCAAAGGGCUCAUUGAUGGCCUUAGCAAAUUCUUCACCCCUUCGCCCGAUGGCCGCAAGCCACGGGGUGAACUCCUGGACUUAGCUGAGCAAUACAGGCUUAAACGAAAGGGCCCACGAAAAUCAAGCACUUCUGACAACAGCACAUGGCCCACAGGUACUGCACUGACCUCAUUAACCCCUGCAUGCCCAGUAUCACCUGACAUGUCUGUACCAGCACGAAGGUGCCAUUUAAGCAGCAUCAAAUCAUCUCCCUGUACUAGCCGUUUUGAUAACGUCAGUAAGCAGGCAUUCACUGGCCAUUUAAAUGUAUGCAGAAUGCCCAGGUUAAGAAAGGAGCCAACUGACAUUGCUUCCUCUCUGUAUACUCCCAAACCCUCUGAUGAAGCAGACACUGAAUUAACUCCUCCUUGUCUUACACCUUGUGAACCUUGCCCUACUUCCAUUGAUAAAUCUGCUCUCCCAAGCGAUUGGGACAGUAGCAAGAAAAACAAUUCCACUUUGCAAAUCUCACCAUACCUACGACUGAGUACAUCCGUAGACACGGCUGCUAAACUGCACUCUCAUUAUUUCCUGCCAUUUUCUGUGAGAGAGAAAGCAAUAAGGGGCAGCCGGUGUAAAAUGAGACAUGGAAAGACGAUCCUUUGGCACGGGAAAGGGAACGUGGAAUUAGGAAGGAAUAAAAGUGCCGAGGACAAGGACAAUCAGGACUCGUGGAGCUGCAAACGUGAAAUUGAGGAUGACCAAUCGCUGAACAAGGACAUUGUGACUGAGAAAGACUUGGACCUUUUUCAACACGUUCAGGAGCUUGCAUUGGAGAAAGUUGGAGUCACUGGCCCACCAGAUCCACAAGUCCGUUCACCUUCUGUAAUAGAAUUUGGAAAAUAUGAGAUCCAGACCUGGUAUUCCUCUCCAUAUCCCCAGGAAUAUACAAGGCUGCCAAAGUUAUACUUGUGUGAAUUUUGCCUCAAGUACAUGAAGAGCAAAAGCAUUUUGCAGCAACACAUGAAGAAAUGUAAUUGGUUUCACCCGCCUGCAAAUGAGAUUUACAGGAAAGACAAGAUAUCUGUGUUUGAAGUGGAUGGUAACAUCAGUACCAUAUAUUGCCAGAACCUGUGUCUACUGGCCAAACUCUUCCUUGACCACAAGACAUUGUAUUAUGACGUGGAACCCUUCCUCUUUUAUGUUCUGACACAGAAUGACAACAAAGGCUGCCAUCUCGUGGGCUACUUCUCCAAGGAGAAGCAUUGCCAGCAGAAGUACAAUGUAUCCUGCAUCAUGAUCCUACCCCAGUACCAGAGGAAAGGAUAUGGGAGGUUCCUCAUUGAUUUCAGUUAUUUGCUAUCGAAGCGGGAAGGCCAGGCUGGGUCGCCAGAGAAGCCACUGUCUGACCUGGGCCGUCUCUCGUACAUGGCGUACUGGAAGAGUGUGAUCCUGGAGUGCCUUCACCAAUGUCAUGACAAGCAACUCAGCAUCAAGAAACUGAGCAAGCUCACAGGGAUCUGUCCCCAGGAUAUCACCACAAUACUGCAACAUCUAAAGAUGUUGCAGUUUCGCAACGACCGGUUUCUGGUCAUUCGUCGAGAGAAGCUGAUACAGGAACAUAUGGCAAAGCUUCAGACCAAUCCAAGGCAGAUUGAAGUUGAUCCUGACAGUUUACGCUGGACACCUCUGAUCUUUUCAAACACUGCAGUGUCUGAUGAAGAGGAAGAUGAAGAUGAUGAAGAUGAGACUCCAGCAUUAAAGACUGAAACCACGACUGAGGCAUGGGACAAGAAGGAACCCAAUGGUUAUGUGCCAUUUCAGAACGGCAGGCAAAUGGUAGCGUGUGCAACAGCCUGCAAAGCCCAGCAGGAUAGUUCCAUCGAAGGUCUUUUGCCUAAUGGUGAGAACAAAAGGAAGCAUUUCAGUGAGAGUAGCGAUGAAGAAGAGGAGGAGGAGGACUAUGAGGAUGAAGAAGGUGAUGACACGAGGCCAAACUCCCCACCUGUGCUGACAAAACCAGCACUGCGUGGCAUGAAAAGGAAGAGAGUGGUGAUUCAUCGGAAAAAACGUGGACGAAAACGCAAGCAGCACAACAGCAGUGUAGUGACAGAGACCAUCUCGGAAACAACUGAGGUGCUGGAUGAACCGUUCGAUGAUUCGGACACCGAGCGACCCAUGCCACACCUCGAACCAACUUUGGAAUUAGAGGAGGCUGAGAGAACUGAGAAGGAGCAUCGAAGUGGGCGCAUGUUCAGAAGUCUGACAGCUGGCGGUGCUGUCCGAAAAUGCUCUUCCUCCCAGAGAGAGGCUCCAGAUGAAAAUGGUGCUGUUCAAGGGCAAAGUGUGCUUAAACCUUCAGUCUCUGUGAGGAAAGAUAAGGCCAAAGAGCCUGCCUUACCCAAAUCUCCACCCGUGGUUUUGAAACGCAAGAGAGGUUGGCCCAAAGGUGUGAAGCGUGGAACAAUCAAAUGGAGGAGAAAGCCAGGCCGCAAACCAGGAUUUAAACUUGCCCGAUCCAGUGCAAGUGUGGAGAGUCCAGAUACUCCAGCAACCAAUGCUGUUCUGAAACAAGGGCGUCCAAAUCAUAAUGAGGAAAGGCGGAACUCUGUCGAAGUGAAAACUUUGGAUGUCCCCAUAGCUUAUAAGAAGGAGGAGGAGGAUGAGGAGGAAGAGGAGGAAGAGGACGAGGAGCUUGAGGAAGAAGUGCCGUGUGAUGUGCAGAGGACGCCUCGUGAUCCUCACAGUCCCGCACUGAAAGUUGAGGAGCAGGAAGCUGCGCAUGAGCAUGAGGAGAAGUCAGAACCUGCUGAACAAGAGGGGCAUACGGAUGAGGAGCACGAGCAUGAAGAGGAGGAGGAGGAAGAAGAAGAGAUCAACCAAAAUGAUGAUCACGAUGCGGAUGAUGAGGACGAAGGCCACCUGGACUCUGAAGACAAAAAGGUCGAGGAAAGUGUGAAGGAGAGCGUGAAAGAGGAAUCUCCAACACAGGAACCUUUUUUAGAGACAAGCACACCAGAUAAAAAUGGCCCAGGGGAUAAUCUGAUGGACGCAGAUUCCGAAGAAGAGCAAACAAAUGACACGUCACUGGACUCUGAGCUUGUGCCACCUUCAGAUGAAGACCGUGUUGAUGAUCAAGAUAAUAAAGAGACGUUAAUCCCAGAGUUCAAAGAGGAGGAGGAAGAGGAGGAGGAGGAAGAGGAGGACAUAUCGCACAGUGAGCUGGAUCUGGAAACGGUGCAAGCUGUUCAAUCUUUAACACAGGAGACAAAUAAUGAGCAUGAUGGUGCUUACCAGGACUGUGCGGAGACCUUGGAAGCCUGCCAGAACCUUCAAAGCUACAAUCAGGCUGAAGAAAGCCCACAGAUUACCAUGGUGGAGGACUGCCAGCAGUCAGAGCACAACAGCCCCAUCUCAUCUGUUCAGUCCCACCCCAGCCAGUCGGUCCGUUCCGUCAGUAGCCCGAGCAUGCCGGCUCUGGAGAGCAGCUACACUCAGAUAAGUCCUGAGCAGAGUUCACUGUCAGCUCCCUCAAUGCAGAACAUGGAGACCAGCCCGAUGAUGGACGUACCUUCAGUGUCUGACCAUUCGCAGCAGGUUGUUGACAGUGGGUUCAGUGAUCUAGGCAGCAUUGAGAGUACCACCGAAAAUUACGAGAACCCGAGCAGCUACGAUUCCACAAUGGGAGGCAGUUUAUGUGGGAAUAACACCUCUCAAACAAGCUGCUCGUACAGUGGCCUGUCGUCUUCCAGCAGCUUGACUCAAAACAGCUGCGUCGUAACCCAGCAAAUGACCAGUAUGAACAGCAGUUGUAGCCUGAUGCAACAGAAUAACGUUGCCCCAACAGCCAACUGUAACAUGAAGUCACCUCAGAGUUGUGCGAUUGACAGGCCUCCCAGCAACAACCAGCAGCAACAGCAGCCACCACCUCCCCCACAACAACAAGCCCAGCAACAGCCUCCACCACAACAACCCCAGCAGCAACAGCCCCAGCAGCAGCAGCAGCAACCAUUGUCCCAGUGCAGCAUGAGCAACAGUUUCACAACAGCCCCCAUGACCCUGAUGGAGAUCCCAGAGUCCUCGAACACUACUGGUAUGAGCCUGUAUGAGAGAAUGGGCCAGGGAGACUUCGGUGCUGGUGGUUAUACGCAGCCCACAGCCAACUUCAGCCUUGCCAGACUUCAGCAACUUACCAACACCAUCAUGGACCAUCAUGCUAUGCCUUACAGCCACUCUGCUGCUGUGACUUCCUAUGCAACUAGUGUGUCUCUAUCUAACACGGGCCUGGCUCAGCUAGCCCCGACACCCCACGCACUUGCAGGGACACCCCAAGCACAAGCCACCAUGACCCCUCCUCCAAAUCUCACGUCACCAUCUAUGAAUCUGACUUCACCUCUUUUGCAGUGCAACAUGCCAGCUUCCAACAUUGGGAUCCCUCACACUCAGAGAUUGCAAGGCCAGAUGCCGACCAAGGGUCACAUUUCAAAUCGCUCCAAGUCUGCCCCACUGCCAGCUGCGACAGCCACCCAUCAGCAACAGAUCUACGGCCGUAACACACCUGCCCUGACGCAGCGGGCACUGACAGUUCAGCGAGGGAUGAACAUGGGUGUGAACCUGAUGCCUGCCCCCACCUAUAAUGUUAACUCCAUGAAUAUGAACACACUGAAUGCUAUGAACAGUUAUCGGAUGAGCCAGCCGAUGAUGAACAGCAGCUACCAUGGUAACGCGGCCUACAUGAACCAAACGGCGCAGUAUCCUAUGCAGAUGCAAAUGGGCAUGAUGGGAAGCCAGCCAUACGGCCAGCAGCCUAUGCAGUCUAACCCCCACAGCAACAUGAUGUACACAGGCCCCUCUCAUCACAGCUAUAUGAAUGCUGGCAUGCCCAAGCAAUCACUAAAUGGCCCAUACAUGAGAAGAUGAGGGAAGAUCCUGCAGAUGCCUCAGAGAGCCAUUGUUUAUUACUGAUGACAGCAGACAUAAUGGAAAUUUCAAAUAGAAUGAUUGCUGUAGACAUAGGAAUUUCACAAACUGUUUAGGGCCAUGUUCGGAGCGCCUUGGCCUUAAUUCCCCAGCCCCGAGAGAGAGAAAAAAGAAGGAAGAAAAAGAAAUUCUGCAACAGAAUUCAAUAAGAAAAUGGUUUGAGGAACCAUGCACAAGAAAUCUUUUAAUUAAAAGAAGCCUUACUUAAUGAAUUGUGUAGAAAUGAAAAACUAUCUGCUUUUUAUAUUUUUAAUUUUUUUAAUCUUUCAGUUUGUGUGUGCAGUCCACAUUUUUUUAUAGAGUCCAUAGAUAUGAGACCCUUGAGUGUGAGGACUGUCCAUGUCCCCAUUUGUUGACUUGGCACAGGGCAGGAGGCACUUAGCUCAGACUCUGCCUUGGUCAUAUUGUUGCAGGUGUGGCUGUAAUUUAUUGAUCUCACUGUAUCCCGUGCCAGUAGGUGAAACCGGAUCGCUUGUGCGCUUGUGGACUUCGGGCCGUAAUGCCGAGGACCCCCUUCUUUAACCCAUUGGUAUUGAGUUUGACUCGAGCGCAGCAUGCAACAGGCCCAAGAGCAUUUUCAUGUAUGUUAUAACGAUGUUUUUAACAUUGCUUCUUGUGUCACCACAAGCCAUUUCACUUGUACGCCUUUAUUUUUUUAUGAGAAUUGACAGUAUUUGUUCUGGCACUUUCGAAGGACAGCCCAGGGUCCUGAAACAUUUUAAGGCUUACAGCAUUUAAUUUCCAGUUUAUUUUCUUAAAUAAAUCUCUCAAUCAUGAGAAAUCUGUUCAGACUGUGUAUUUUUGGUUCCCAGUCAGGAUAUUUAGCAGACCAGAAAGACGGCUGUGUUCACAACAAGCUUAGUUUGUUUUCCUCUUGUGCUUUCUCCCAUAACCUCGGGCAGUUGAAUUGCUUCUCGACAACAGGUGCUGGUCAGUUACCAAGUGGCGCAGUUAGUUCAGGUAUUGAGAAGAAAGUGAGCCCUUCAGACUGGCUCACUGUCUCCUGCCAUCUAUUCAAGCUAAUCAGAAAUCGCAGUCAGGCACCCUUAGGUUCCUUGCCAUGGGGUAGUAACGAGAUGGAUUGUGAGAUCGAAGAGAAGGAUAUUGGGGAUGAGUAAAAAAAUAGCAGGAGAAACGUGAGGGAGGCUACAUUAAGGAAAUGGGUCAUGCCAUUCAGAUCCAUGAGCUGUUAACAUUGUCACUCCAAACAGGAAAAUAAUCAGCUGAGCGCACAGUGGAUGUGGGGUUGGGCGGGAGAAAGCAAAUGUUGUGACUAUGCAGUUUAAAGUAACGUCGUCAUCACAGCAGCCAACUGACAGCUCCCUUCUGUUCUGAUACCGACCACCAGGUAACCCCUGUAUUGACAGGUGAUGGGAUAAGCAGCUUUAGUGAGAGUUGCAGUGGUCAGUUUCCCCUGGGCUGAAUUUGUGCGUCACUGGUGUGCACUGAGCAGGUCCACCGCGUGCAGUCCAUUCACCAACUGCAAUUGCACCGUUCUUGUUGCCCGCCGUAAAGUUAUGAAAAGGCAUUUGGAAAUAAAAUGUGAUCCAAAAGCUUCCCCAAAUGGUUAAAAAUGUGUGCAGGUUUCAAAACCUGUGCAGUUGGCACGUGCCACUCGUGAAUCUUGUGGCGAAAUGGCAUUCAUUGAUUUCUUUUUGUUCAUAGUGUGUCUCAUUGUUGGAAUAAUGUCCAUCGAAACCACUCCACACUUCCGGGCUGGCCUUCAAGUGUGUUUGUUGGAAUACUGUUGAUUUUGGGGGGUGGGGUGGAAGGGGGAAGGGAAGAUGUUUUUAAAAAAGAAAAGAAAAAAAAACAAAGCAGUUUUAGCCCAGAGCACCAGAUAUAUUGAAAAACAAAACCACACAAAGAUGAUUUCUCUUUUCCCCUUGUCAUUGUUUCUGGUGUUCGCGGUUUUGUUGAGUCAGGCAGCUUGCUUUUUUGAAAGCUAAGCUGGCUCAUUUUGACUUUAGGAUUAUUAUAGAAAAUGUUUUUCUAUAUUAAAAAUGAAUUUAUCCUACAUAAUAUUGGUACUUGUCAUUUUUCAAUUCUGUUGAGAGGUAUUUUUUAGCAGCUAAACUUGGGUAAUCUUAACUGAAGCUCACUGUUCGUGAUUCCCAGAUGCCUUUUAAAGAACUCACAUUUCAUUCCAUCUUUAGAGUUUUUUCUAUCUUUGUUGUAGAAUAUUGAAGCUAUUUUAAGAAAAUAAAUUCUCCAAACUUAUAGUGUGUGUGAAUAGACCUCCUCCAGCUUCCAAGCCGCAUGUAAAAAGCUGAAUAUUCAUGUCUGUUUAUAUUGCUUUCAUUUUUGUAGCCUUUGUACUUGUACAUGGUGACUGUAAGCUAUGAGGAGGGAACAACUGAGCUUGUGCAUCCAGACGUCAGCACAGGCCACACUCCCUCUUCUUCCCCCCCUUGUAUGUAAUAUCACUUUUCUUUCUAGCAAGUACUUUCAAAGACCUCUGUACAUUUUAACAUAAAUAAAUUAUGUUGAGCCAUU